CUCAUCUACUCCACUGAUAACCAGCGGAUGACGCGCCGUCAAGGCCUAAAUUCGCUGCCAUAUUGUCCCUGACGACAGCCACCCCACCAAAGGUUCGUUUACUUCCGUCCCUUUGUUCACCACCAUUUCACCAUCUGCCGUUUGGCCAUCGCUUUCUACACGUGGACAACCGACUUCAACGCGUCGCCGGAACCAACUCGUUUCUGUUGCUUUCGGUUUGCCGCAGGGAAGCACCGUAUUUGUCAAGUUCGGGCCCUGCGCGACUGUGCUGCUUCAACUCCACUACGCAUCAUGGGCGAGCUUGCCGACUACCUCGUGAAUAACGACCCCAGCUUCCGCAAGUCUCGAUUGCCAGCGCUCUACUCCGACUUCCGACCGCAGCGAACGCUCAACCCCGAUGGCUACGCUGCAAACGUCUCGGCCUGGCGGCAGGCGCUCUCUCACAUCGCGGCACGCGGCCUCGUCUCACAUCGCGGGUCCAGCCCGAAUCUCUUCGCCCUUUCGCUCGACGAUUCGCUCCUCCGAUCACUAGGGAACAAGGAAUUCGGUCAGCCGCUCGCGCUCGGCACGGUGGUGCGGGAGGCGACCGCGGAACGGGAGUUCAUUCCCCUGCAGGACUUCAACAAGUCGCAGCAGAGUAUCUAUACCCGCACCUGGGCGGGGGUGCCGUGGGCUGUCAUGGGCUGGACCCUUCGCCAGCUAGGUGUCGUGGAUCCGUCGAGGGGGGACGACAAGUUGCCCAUUGGCCAGUUCGUGGUUGUCAAAAAUCUCGAGGACGCAGCUAAGGAGCUGGGCGAUCUGACGGCUGACAAGAGCUCCCGAUUCGACCGCAUAUUCACCAAGAUGCAGUUCCAAAAGGCAUUUACAUCCACUCUCGUCAAGGGCCAGCGCCUAUCAGAGACAGAUUUAGAGGUACUAUUAAAGUUUCUCUCGAGGGACAAAGGCGUAAUAGAGUACGAUGGCCAGACUAUCCGGAUCAAGGGCUCUGGGGACCAGGGAGGCAUCACCGAGGGGGACUCCGCCAUAGCUUCCCUCAAGGAACUAACCGAGAGCCUCAAGCAUCAAACCGAUAUCCUGAAUACGCGCAUCGACGAGCUUGCUCAGGCCGCCAAGGACGCUGUCCGUCGCAAAAACCGUGUCGCCGCUCUGGCUGCCCUCAAAUCCAAGAAGACAGCCGAGGCUUCCCUUGCGACACGCUACACCACCCUUAACCAACUUGAGGAAGUCGCCGCCAAGAUUGAGCAGGCCGCCGACAAUGUCCAGCUUGUCAAGGUUAUGGAAGCGUCGGGUGGCGUGCUCAAGAGCUUGAACGCGCAAGUCGGAGGUGCAGAUCGCGUUGAUGCUGUCAUGGAUCGUGUCCGCGAGCAGAUGAGCGCGGCGGACGAGGUCGGCGCUAUCCUGGCCGAGGCGACUGGCGCUGUUGUGGACGAGGGCGAGAUCGACGACGAGCUCGAGGCCAUGAUGGCGCAGGAGCGCGAGAAGGAUGUCGAGGUGCUACGCCAGAAGCAAGCCGUCGAGGAGAAGGCCCGAAAGGAGCAGGAAGCCAAGGAGGCGGCCGAGCUACAGAAGAGGCUCGACGAGCUGCCCAAGGUGCCUACCGAGCUACCAGUCGGGGAAAAGGAGGCGACACCGACAUCGCGAACGAGCAUUGCGAACUUGUCGAACGAGAAUGAUACACAGGCAGAGAAGGAGGCACAACUUUUGCCAGCAGUAUGAUCACGCAUCUGAUGUUCAUUAUGGGUUAGGAUAUACGUCGGCGUUUCAGCGGUUUGUGUCAUUGGCACGUCAUUAGAGUGUACAUAUAUAUACAUAAU